AUGUCGGUAAACUUCUGUUUUGCCACCGGUUUCUUCAUCCUUUUCUUGUGCGUCUUGCUGACUGCAUUUGAGCCCUGGCUGCGAUGCGAUGAUGUCUUUGGGCUGGACGGCGACGACCAUAUCAGUGUGUUGCGCAAUGGCGAUGCUGUGUUCAUUGAUGCCGUCGUUAAUAAAGGGUUCUUUUCUCAAACAAAUGAAGGUGGCAACACAUCCAGUGAUGAUGCAAAAACAUCGUUCAGUGCCGAUGUCGACACAAAUCAAGUCCUGGCGGUGAUUGUCAUGAGUGCCCCGUCCCUACCGGAGGGUGUUAUCAGCAGCAUCACCAAGGCACGACUUCUGCACGGUGUUCGCACAGCACUUUUGGCUGGAGCGCCAUGGAUUAUUGUUCCGGGCAGCGUAGAAGAGCGGCGAAGCGCUGAAAAGUUCUUAUGGGAGUUGCGAUCUCCAUCGGAGGCACUUUUUCCCGAUGCCACGUUGUCAGAGCUGCCAGCCAAAGUUCAGAAACUUGCCGUGCAGAUGCGGGACUCGAUGUCUUUUGACACGUCAUUGAAGAAUUGGAUCCGGCAUGGGCGGUUAUUGAAGCGUCUGUCGCACGCUUCUCAUGUGGACGAAGAAAUGAAGGUGGAAGACAUGUCGUCUCCGCGUUUACUGCGCUACGGAGCUGCUGAAUGGAUUCUCCCCGGUUUUCUUUGGGGCGAGGCGGGCCAGUCGGAAGAGGCCGAAACGAUGACGUACGCGGAGCAGGCCGUGAGGCUUAUGAAGCAGCGGCUUCUUGCGGUUCAUGCCGAUUUCCAGAACGAAGACGGUAAAGAACGACCGAUAGAAAAGAACGCGCGGGCACACCGUGGCUGCUUUAAUGUCAUUGUCGUGAGUAGCAUGCACAAUGAGCGGUACGCUCGGGCUAUGGUGUACAGUACCAUUCGCCGUGACUGGGGGGCAUCGUCCUCACUGGGCGCAUCGCAAAAGUCCGUUUUGCAAAUAAAACAGCAAGAACAACAGAAACAGAUUUUCUCCGAGUGCAUUCACGUGCUUGUUACUUCUGCUGGUGACGUGGAACCCACGUGGGAGGUCCCAUCGCCUUUGUUUGUCCGCGGGCCGAUUCAAUCGAUGGCAAAUUUUUCUCUACAGUCUAGUUUUGUGGCGCGGUUCCUGGGCGUCUACGCACAUGCCAUCCAUGCAAACUACCGGCGUUGGUUUGCGUGCAUGCAAGUUAGCCUGCUGUCGUACGGACCACUCAGCCUCAUCUACGAGAUAUGCACGAUUAUUGUGGCACACUUAACCGAGACCUUGUCGGUGCGAGACCUUGCGUACUCCACCUUUGAUCAACCCAAUUGA